AUGAAGAAACCCACUGUUAGGAGAAGGGUGGUUGUGGAAAGGGAGUUGGGAAAAGAUGUUGCUGAUGUCAAGGAGGUCAUGGACCUGAUAAAGGAUGUUGGGAUGUUGAAGACUGUGGCUGGGUUGUCUCAAUGUUAUGAAGGUUUAGUUAAGGAAUUUAUUGUCAACAUUCCUGAGGAUAUUUCUGAUAAGAACAGCAAGGAGUUCUGCAAGGUGUUUAUGAGGGGUAAGUGUAUAACAUUCUCUCCUACUGUUAUUAAUAAUUUUCUAGGCAGAAAAACUGAGGGUGCAGGUGAAUUAGAAGUUACCGACAAUAAGGUCUGUAGAGAGAUUACAACUAGGGAAAUGAAAGGUUGGUCUGUUAAAAAGCACCUUCCUGCUGGGAAGUUGACUGUCAAAUAUGCCAUCCUGUAUAAAAUAGGAGCUGCUAAUUGGGUCUCUACCAACCAUAUCUCCACCAUUGCUAAUACCCUUGGGAGGUUUAUUUUUGCUGUUGGAACAAAAGUAAAAUUUGACUAUGGUAGAUUUAUUUUUGAACAAAUCAUCAAGCAUGAAACUACUAAUGCAGUGAAGCUGCCAAUUGCCUUUCCCUAUAUGAUUUGUGGAAUUAUCUUGAAUCAACAUCCUAGUAUUCUGUGCUCUAAUGACUUACCUAGUAGAAGAAAACCUGCUCUGUCUGUGCACUACAAACUAUUUGAAGGAAGUCAUGUCGAGGAUAUUAUCCUGACAUCUGCCAUGAAGAGGCCAACCUCAAAAGUUGGAACUAUUGUUGAGCUUAAGGAGACAUGCAAAGAGCUAGGUGAAGGGAUAAGGGCUGAUGGUGAAAAUAUUGAACAUGCUAAUGACAACCAUGAAGAAGAAGUUGAAGCUCACACCUCUAGUGAGAGGACUGUUAACAAUGAUGAUGCAAGUGGAAAUUCUGUUUCUGGUGCUGAUGAAGAAGCUGCAAGCUCAAGCUCUAUUGAGUAG